CUGUGGGGGUCCAUAGACACUAGACAGGAAGCCGCCCUAAAAGUCAAUUUCUCCGUAACUUGCUCAGAAUCAUUCGCCGUUCAACUCCGGACUCUUCUGAAAUUCCAGAGUCUCCACAUUAUCAAUAAUAAUUAAUUGCGACAUUGCCCAUAGAAUUGUAUGCACGCGGAUGGAAUUGAUCUUCAUGUUCUUUACUUAAUCUAAAAUACACGAAAACUGUGUAUAAAUCAUUAACCACAAAUACAAAGAAAGUAGAGAGUUGCAGAGGCAAAGAUAUACUGAGAAGACGACAUCAUCAUGUAUGUGACGAGGUUUCUUUCGGACUACCAAAAGGAUCCUUCUUCCCUCUUCCUGCCACCCCCUGAAGGCCCAAACUCCGGUGUUCUGGUCAUCCAAGAUGAAGAAGCCGAGCCUACUUGUUGUUUCGGAUUGUGCAAGAGUCAUACGAUCACGGACCUGCCUUUCCCUCAGAACAAGAAACUCACGCUCCACUAUUCAACGGGAAGCGGCCAGAACCAGCAGGUUGAGACCUUUUACACUGCCUUGAUUCCGGUUCUUAAUCAGCCACUGUCUUCCAAUCGGUACUAUGCCAUAAAGUCACGCGGGAGGCAUAAAGGGGAAGCAUAUGCAAAUUCCAAGGAAGAUGACAAGGGAACCUGUUGCUGCUUCAACUAUAUUAAGGAUGUACCGCCAAAACCUUUGGAUCCCAACGAGAUGCACCAGCAAUUCGAGAUUCAUCCCAACGAAACUUCAUGUGGAAGGUCUGGUUUUGUUGCCAAACCCAUAGCUCCAGAUGGAUUCCUUCCCCGGUUCCUCGCAAGAAGAGGGUGGCAUGUGCGUACCUCAACUCCCCGAAAUUUCAGUUUAGGUGAAGCACCGGGCCUAGACACUGCCCUCCGUGCUCGCCUCCCGGAUUUCAGCUUCCCGCUAUCGUAUAAGAGUUCUCAAAACGUGGUUGUGGGAAGGUGGUAUUCUCCUUUCAUGUUUAUAAGGGAAGGAUCACCGAAAGAUCAAAUGACCAGAUCGAUGUACUACGAGAUAACCCUGGAGCAAAAAUGGGAACAAGUAUUUUCAUGUGAAAAGAGUGAGAGCCAAAGCAAUGCUGUGGUUGUGGAUGCUGUUGUUCAGAGAGAAGAGGUCUUGAUUGCUGGGAUGGAAGUUGUGGAUCUGAAUGUGGUUGAUGGGGUGAUGUGGUUCAAGAGCUUUGGCAAUGGAGGAGCAGAAGUCAGUAUUGGUUUGAGCAUGUUAGUGGUUGAGAGAAUGAAGUGGGAGCAGAUAAGGGUUGGAUGGGUUGGGGGAAAUGAGAGGCAAGUGGCACUGAAGAGAGUAGAGGAAUUUGGAGGGUCAGCUGGGGAAUGGAUCAAGUUUGGUUUUUAUGUUCUGGUUGAGAGGUUUGUUGUGAAAAGAAUGGAUGGAAGACUGGUAUUGACCUAUGAUUUCAAGCACAUUAAUCAGACUCGGACCAAAUGGGAAUGAAAGUCACAUUAGUUUGUUUUUAAACACUGUAAAAGUCUGCUGUUUGAUACCUGGUUUGUUUAUAUUUGUGUAUACUUUACUGGUUGAAGUUUGUAUUCAUUUUGUGUGUGGAAAACUUGAAGCAGUUGAACUGAGCUAGAUUUUGAUCACUUUUAUUUGCUUUCAACACCUCUGUUUUGUUCAUCUCUUUGCUUUAGAUAUGCAUUGAGAUAUUUCAAAACAAGAAGAGAUGGGAAAAUCAGGCUAAUAUGAG